UAAACCACAACAAUAUAGUGUUGAAAUUCUGUUUUGUCUGGUGCGCAAAACUCUCCAACCUGGAUAUGCAACAAAAAAUAUUAACGUUUAUUUGGGCUGAUCAAAAGCAGAAAAAGCUUGCCUGAAUGAUUACGCCGGCUAAUCAACCUUUGGUCAUCUAGCCCUAUGUAUUUGCUAUCUAUAUACCAACGUCGUGUCUGAGCUGGACGGCCGUAGAGGAUUGUGGGAACUGACGUCACCUGUCCGCCAUAUUUGUUGUACCCUGGCUGGCUGGAGGUGUUUGAAGUCAUGAGAGGAAUUCGCUCUUUAAACAAUAUCUCUAAGCGGUGCUAUGCUGCUGCCAGGCCAAAUGAAGCACUGACCGAGGCCUAUGCAGGACAAAAGUCGCUUGCCGUCUCACUUCCCGCUCCUCAAGAUGUCCAGGUAUCCAAACUCCCAAACGGUUUGGUGAUCGCCUCCUUGGACAACUAUACCCCGUUGUCCAGCGUGGGUGUGUUUGUGAAAGCUGGGAGUCGUUAUGAGACUGUGGAGAACCAGGGUGUAGCUCAUGUGCUGCGACUGGCUGCGAAUCUGACUACUAAAGGCGUUUCUGCCUUCAAGCUCUGCCGUGGUGUCGAAGCACUUGGCGCCAGCCUCAGUGCUUCUUUAUCAAGAGAAACCAUGGUCUACACUGCAGAAUGCUUUAGAGAUGGCCUAGAUAAUAUUUUGGAGUACUUGGUCAAUGUGACCACGGCGCAGGAGUUCCAGCCUUGGGAAGUGAAUGACCUAACACCCAGGGUGAAUACCGACAAGGCUCGGGCAAAGCUGUCUCCUCGAAUAGGUGUAAUUGAGAAGUUGCAUGAAGCGGCUUACAAAAACGCCCUGUCCAACUCAUUGUACUGUCCAGACUUCAUGGUCGGCAAGGUGUCUCCGCAGCAACUGCACUCAUUUGUGGAGGACCAUUUCACUACCAGCAGGAUGGCGGUUGUUGGCCUGGGUGUAAAACACUCUGACCUGAAGGAGCUGGGUGAGAGGUUCCUCAGCGUGCGCGGUGGGGCUGGAGCUCCGCAAAUAAAAGUGUCUUACCGUGGGGGUGAGCUCCGUGUUCAGAACAAAAACGACCUGGUUCAUGCGAUGGUCGUCAGCGAAGGCGCCGUGGCAGGCAGCGCGGAGGCCAACUCUUAUGUCGUGCUGCAAAGGAUCCUGGGAGCCGGGCCACAUGUUAAGCGGGGCUCCAAUAUCACCAGCAAACUCGGCCAAGGUGUUGCCAAGGCGACCACGCAGGUUUUUGAUGUUUCAGCUUUUAAUGCGUUCUACGCCGACUCUGGUUUGUUUGGCGUUUACACCAUCUCGCAAGCUAACACAGCUGGGGACGUGAUCCGAGCAUCCAUCGCUCAAGUGGGCGCCAUAGCCCAGGGCGCCGUGACUGCAGAUGACAUCGCCAGAGCAAAGACUCAAGCCAAAGCGGAUUAUCUGAUGUCGAUUGAAAGCUCAAGCGGCCUGAUGGCGGAGAUGGGUGCACAGGCUCUGGCGGCCGGAGCGUAUCAGGCACCCGAGACGAUUCUCCAGGCCAUCGAAGCCGUCACCCAGGACGAUGUGGUCAAAGCUGCAAGAAAAUUUGUGGACGGCAAGAAAACCAUGGCAGCUAGCGGACAUCUGAUCAGUACUCCUUUUGUGGACGAGUUAUGAAAAGCAUUCAUUUUUACAAAAUUAAACGGCCCUACCCGUCCAAUCUAUUUCAACUGGAAGUUAAAAUGGAUUGGACAUUUAUCGCUGUCAAUGGCAACGAUUAAGUAAAGCAACAAGGACUUGAUGGUCACAGCUUCCUGCGGCGAUAUCACCAGUCAUAUACAGUCUUGAGGGAGGGCUGCCCACUUGAUCGCAAUGUUGCUUCAAUGUUCGUUUUUGUGAAAAGCUCUGUAAAUUAAAUAUUAUGACACUUAACCAAGCAGUGUUUUAUCUUUUGACUCAAUGUGACUCAUUCAUCAACCACUGUGGGGAGCCAAAUGCCUUUGACUUCCAUUGAGAGUUGAAUCG